GGCGAGGUGAGCUUCUGGUCCAUUUCAGUGGGAGAGGGAAUCCCUCAACGUCACCAAGGAUACCAAACACAACACCAAAGCACAAAUAUGGGCAUAUGUACGUCAUCAGCGGAACUCCGAGGCGUGGCUUAGCCGCUAGAAAUGCCUUGUUUGUACUCGAGGAGGAUGGAUUCAUUCAAAAGACAAGAUCUGCUACUGUGCGCCGUAAUCGUCGCUCUCGUCCUCGCACCGCGUCUGGACUUUAUGGAUCUAUGAUCGAGUGUUGUUUGAGCAGCAGCAGCAGAUAACAGGACCACAUUCGGAGGACUUACAACAAGCGGACUUUGUAACAGGUUAAACCGGGACACGCUGCCCUCGCUGCCUCCCCUCUACAUGUAGGGAAACUGGAUUAAUCUUUCUUCAUGCAACUUUUUUGGAAAGAAACCAAGAACAUCUCACCGGGAAAUAACAAGACCAGCAACGGUGUCAGUUCCCUGCUCUCCCCUGUGACUGCAGGUGUCGCCUUCUCUCUCGGUCCCUGCGGGGAGAUGUACCAAGGCUUCCCCGGCGACCCCGACAGCGGAUCCCGUGAAAGCUCUUCUCCGUCAAUCGAGUCCCAGUGUCUUUCCUCCGUGGACUCCUUCGGGAGCCCGCCGACCUCCAGUGCUCCGCAGGAGUGUGUGUCAGUGGGAGCUGGCUUGAGCAUUGUGGGUAGCGGGCUAGGUGCCAGCGUUGGAGGGGAGAUGCCCGGUUCAUUUGUGCCCACCGUCACCGCCAUCACCACCAGCCAGGACCUGCAGUGGAUGGUGCAGCCGACCCUCAUCUCCUCCCAGGCCUCUGGACAGAGUGGGUCCACUGGCACUACAACCAUGACCCAGCCAGCGUCACUGGUUGACCCCUAUGACAUGCCAGGUCCUAGUUACUCUUCACAGUCUGGAUUCACUCCAAGUUCAGACACUCCAGGCCCAGCCCCGGGCCCGAUCCGCCAGUCCAGAACCCGCAGCCGUCGCACGCGAGACGAGUCUGUGAGUGACGAUGGAGAUGUUGGUGUGUUACUCACACCUGAGGAGGAAGAGAAGAGGCGUGUUCGCCGAGAGAGAAACAAGCUGGCUGCUGCCAAAUGCAGAAAUCGCAGACGGGAACUCACAGACAGAUUGCAGUCGGAAACAGACAUUCUGGAGGAGGAGAAAGCAGAGCUGGAGGCUGAGAUCUCUGAGCUACAGAAGGAAAAGGAGCGCCUGGAGUUUGUCCUGGUGGCCCACCAGCCAAACUGUAAGAUCCCAUACCAGGACCAGCCCCCGCAGGCCUCAGCGCAGCUCCCUCCCGUCCAGUCCCAGCUGCCUCACCAGACUUUACAUCCUCCAGUUUCCAUUGUUGGCCUGGCUGUGAAGGAAGACACUUUCUUUCUGCCUCCUGCCUACACAGCACACCAAGCUGCUACACAGUCCCAGCCUCCAGUUCAGCAGCAGCAGCAGCAGCAGCAGCAGGUCCAGCAGCAGGUCCAGCAGCAGCCUCAGCCAGGCAUAAUGCAGGAGGUAGAGUUUUCUAGUUCUUUCUAUGGCUCAAGUGAGCCAGCACCUGGUGGGCCAUGCCUUAUGGCCAGCGACAGUGGUGGUGGUAACCAUGACGGUGCGGCCAUUGGCAGCUACAACACCUCAUACACAUCUUCAUUUGUGUUCACCUACCCAGAGGGAGCCUGCGGGGUCAGUGCCAACCAGAGGAACAGCAGUAGCGAGCAGUCAUCUGAUUCCCUGAACUCGCCUUCGCUGCUGGCGCUCUGACUAACCGACAGACACAUGCGCACACAUAUCAACAAACAUAUAGAAUAUACAUGCUGGAAGUAGAAGCUGAGGCAAAAAUAUACUGUAUAGUGCAGUGCCAAUCAGCCUCACAGAUUGAUUAAGAAAUUGUAUCUGAUUGGGUUUAAGUUCACACAUUCUGAAAUGCAUUCUUCCAGUUAGCUCGAACAAUCAGUACAGUCUGAUUUUGCAUUACUGGGAAGAAGUGAGUAGAAACUCAAGUUGCCAAUUUGAAGUGCUCUGGAUUAACAAAUUAAUUCAUACCCUCAAUCUCCAACGUGUACAGUUCGUUGAGUAAGAUUCUGUCAACUCACUUCACACUCCAACAAGCACCAGAGCCCCCAUCUUGUUCCCUCUGUCGGGUGCCCCGUUUUCCAGUGCUCUUGCUCUCAUCCUUUUCCAUCCCUUUCUCCCCUCUUCCUCUUGCUGAAUGUAUUUGUCCAAAUCCAAAAGAGGGAUGAAGGACACCUUGUUCAGGGUCUUUUCAUGUGGGAGACUGCUGACCGCUUACCUCUAACCCCUCAUCUGCUCGACUUCUCCUCUGCUUCUUCAUUUGCUGCUUGGACUUGACAAGUCGGGGAUCUGACUGUCACAGCCUCCACUCAAUCCUGUGCUUUCUCACUUUGUUUUUUAAAAUUCUUCUGACGUGUGCCUACCUGCAAUGCGAACCAUCUCUACCCAUCUCCUUUGUUUCUCCUCUUCUUUCUCUGUGUUUCUCCCUGUCUCUGAAGUCUUCAACCCUUGAGAGCCCGAAGACCCCCACCAACCCUUGGGACCUUGAGUGAUUACCGGCCAAACUAACGCGCCCUUUUGCAACCUCUCAUGCAAGGACAUGGAUG